UUUGAUCUUAUCUUGGUGUACAGUGUUAAGUGUGGGUGGAUGCCUAGUUUCUGCCAUACUAGUUUCCAAUUUUCCCAGCAAUUUUUGUCAAAAUAGUAAGUUCUUCUCCCAAAAGCUGGGGUCUCUGGAUUUGUCAAACACUAGAUUGCUAUAGUUAUUGACUGUUUUGUCCUUUGAACCUAACCUAUUCCACUGAUCAACUAAUCUAUUCCUUAGCCAGUACCAAAUGGUUUUGGUAACUGCUGCUCUAUAAUAUAAUUUUAGAUCUGGUACAGCUAAGCCACCUUCAUUUGAUUUUUUUUUUUCAUCAAUUCCCUUGAAAUUCUUGACCUUUUGUUUUUCCAUAUGAACUUUGUUGUUAUUUUUUCUAUGUCAUUCUGAUGCUUUCUUUAGUCUUUCUGUUAGCCUCCUUUAUCAUCCAUCCACUGAGCUAAUUGCUUUGCAUCAUUGGGAGGGCCUCCUUUCUCUUCCAUUGAGAAGAUUCUGUAUGCCACUAAAAGAGUCCUUUCCACAGAGUGCCACACUGCUAUCGGGCUGUUGUCUUACAAUAUCCUUUGUAUUUGCAUUGCCUUUCUUCCACUUAAACUAAAUGUGAGUCAUGAUACCAUUUUGACCCAAUCCUGCUUUUGACUAUGCUAAAGUAUUGUAAGCUUUUACUCAGUCUGAUCUGGUACUUUAGAUUCAAGAUUGGAAUGAAAUGAGGUACUGGCAGCACAUUUAAUAGAUAACAAAAGGAUACUUAGUUCUGGAACGGAGAAGAUAUUUAGCAAAGAUAUAGCAUUAAUUUAGGUAGACUUAGCCCUCAACUCCAUACAGACCAGUAAGAUAGGAUAUAGUGACCUUCCAAGAGUAUAUAGAAGGUUCAUCAAGUCAAGCCUGAGGUGUGCUUAACUCUUUAUGAGCUGCUUUCUUAGACUGUUAGGUUGAAAUCUUAGCCCCUAGAGCAACCAAGAUUCAAGGACAGUUUUCUUUGCUUUUAGGAGAAAAAGUAGCCUAACUCACAUGGUAAAGAACCUUGACAGGUAUUCUUUCUAUCACUGCCUUUAAGUUACUAACAAAAAUGUUGAACAAAAAUGCUAAAGAGACAUACUGAGAAAACUAUAAUGAAACCUCUUCCUAUAUAGUCAUUGACCCAUUAAUGAUUACUCUUGAGUCUUUCCAUUCAAUAUAUUCUAAAAUUGCCUGAUAGUAUCAUAUGUCAUGUCUCUACCUGUUGCACAUAAAGAUUUCUCAAAUCCAGCUGAAUCCUAGCUACUAAUUCCACCAAAAUACCAGUCUAGUAAUCAUAAAGAAAAAAGGAGUGAAAGUGCUUUGGUGUGACCUAUUUGUUUUCCUGUUUCCUAUUCCUAACAAACCUAUGCUGGCUUAGUUUUUAUCAUUUGACUUUCCAAGGGCUCACAAACUAUAGCUUUAACAAUAUGUUUUAAAAUUUGAAUAAUAAUCAAAGUUAAAUUCAAUCAUGUAGAGUUAGAAGAAUCAGUCUUCCUUAUUUGAACAUCAAAAACUGUAUUCACUAUUUACCAUCCUAAAGUAUUUUUAAUUCUUGAUUUUUUCAAAUCCUGGUAUGCAAUUCAUUCCGGUCUUGUAACAUGAAAUGAUAGAAGACAGAUAGCUUAUCCUAUCUUAUCAAUUCCUUAUUAACCACUUUUUUCUCUCUUUAUCUGAAGAUUGUUUUCGAUAGUAGAGAAAACAGAAGCAAAAUAAAAAUUCAUCCUAAUUCCAUCCUCUCAUUCUGUUGCCUCAUAUCUUUGUUUUCAACAGGAUUUAACUCCUUCCAGCAAAACUGGAAGUAUGCAGUAGAUGGAAAUAAAAGCCUAGUGUUCAAACAUAUUUUUAUUCUUUAGGUUUUCAGUUUUUUGAACAAUAGCCAGAAGCUUAUUAAAAUUAAGAAAGCUCUCCAGAAUCAAGAUGGUCUUAGGUAAAAGAACAAUUGGAAUUUUAAAAUAUUCUUUGGCUAGUUGGUCAGUCUGAUUCCCUCAGCCACAGUUAUUAAAAACUGAUAUUCUGAAUCUAUACUAAUUGUUUUAAUAUAAUUCAUAUGGGGAGUAUAAUUCUUUCCUCUUCCCCUCUCCCCCCUUUAACUCUACAGAUUUUACCCUAUACUUUCUCUUUUCUCUUCAUCUCUGUCUAGGUUUCUCUCUUUUUCUCAAAUUUUCUGCAUGGAGGAGGUGGGAUGUGUGGGUGAUAAUGGUGGGGAGAGAGUUCAGGGAGAGGAGAGAAGAGUUAAUACUGAUAAUUUUAUUUCUACAAGAGUCAGGAAUGUUGGGCCCAAAGCAGAAAGACAUUAGUUACACUAACCAAAAUGGCUCCCUAUACCAUCAUUUAUUUUAUCUCUUAGGUUAUAGGUUAAAUAGCUGUCUAAAAUGACAUUAUCUUUUUUGUCAGAGUUAAAGUUACCAGCACUGUCACCCUGCCCUUUAAUACAACCAUAAUCUCUUAAAGGGAUAUAUUCUUUUAAAUUUUUUGUUUAAUUUUUAACUUAAAUGCUUAAAAAAAAAGUUCUUGUACACGCAGCAGAAUACAAUCUGUAAUACUGUGAAUCUCCAUUCUGCUUGCUUUAAAAACAAAAAGUAUGUAAUAAAUUUUUCUUGAAUUUAAAUGAAAUACUGUCCUGAUUAUGCUUCUUUCUGAAUUUCCUAUUCUCUUAAUAUGUGAAUUAAAAAAAAAAAAAAAAAACCUUUCAGCAACCUUUUCCCCCCUAUUGCUAACCCCUUCUCUCACCUUCAAAAGCCAGAAGAAGAAGAGAAGGGAGUGGAAGAAUAACCUUAUAAAAAUUAGUUUUGUUUCCAAACAAAAUGAAUCCACACCGCAGCCAUGUUCAAAACCUCGUGUAUCCAUAUUGGUGGGAGGGAAGGAGGGGGGGAGAGUGAAGGGAGAGUGAAGGGAGAGUGAAGGGAGAGUGAAGGGAGAGUAAUACAUGAUCUUGAUUGGUUAACAGCUUCAGGUACUCCAGUUAGCUAAUUUCGGUGUAACCAGACACCGUGCGAGCGCGAAGGCAGCAGGUUUGUCCACACUGGCUUUCCAUAGUCACGGUAUCUCUGAGUAGAUUUCAGUCAGAUCGGCGUUGGCAGAUGGGCCUGGCAGGGCUGAGGUUCUCGCUUCGCUCAUCCGAUGGCUGCAGUGUUUCUGGUGAUGCUCUACGAGUAUUCACCACUCUUCUAUAUCGCCUUGGUCUUCACUUGCUUUGUCGUGACUGCAGGCCUGGUGUUGGGAUGGUUUGGUUUGGAGGUUCCAGUAAUCCUGAGAAAUUCAGAAGAGAUAGAAUUCAACACAAGAGUAUCCAAAAAGGAGAUGAAACAAGUCAAGAAUCCUUUUGGUUUAGUGAUCACUAAUCCAACUUCAGCCUCAAUCACAAAUGGUAUAGCAUUAACACCUGAUUGUAUAGAAGAAAGCAUCCUUACUUGCUACUGGGGUUGUGAUGUUCAAGAAUUGUAUGAAGCACUGCAGAAACAUGUUUAUGUUUCCAGAAUAAAUACUCCACAAGCACUAGAAGAUGCUAUAUAUAGCAAAUAUAUCUUUAGAGAACAACAUUUUGUUAAAAAGAAUAGCAAAGAAGAAAAAUAUUGUCAAUUACCAGAUAAUGCUAAAAUUGAAGAUUUUGGCGUUGUUCCUAGAUCUCAAUAUCCACUGGUGGCACUAUUGACUUUAGCUGAUGAAGAUUCCCAAGGACUAUAUGAUAUUAUUUCAAUGGUGACUGUGAUUCAUAUUCCUGAUAACAAAUACAAACUUUCCUGCAGAAUAUUAUAUCAGUAUGUACUACUGGCUCAAGGUCAGUUCCAUGACCUUAAGCAACUUUUCAUGUCUGCAAAUAAUAAUACACCAUCCUUGAGUAAAUCUUCUCCAGGGGAACAAAGUACUGACAGACAUUUGUUGGAAAAAGCUGGAUUGGCUGAAAGCGAAAUGGAACAAUAUGAAGAAAAUAGCAAAGACUGUGUUGUUUGCCAGAACGGGAAGGUGAAUUGGGUACUCUUACCAUGUAGACACACAUGCUUAUGUGAUGGCUGUGUUAAGUAUUUUCAACAGUGCCCUAUGUGUAGACAAUUUGUCCAUGAGUAUUUUGCACUUUGCAGUCAAAAAGAACAAGAUAAAGAUUCACCAAAAAGUGAAGGGAGUGUUCCUUCUUAAAGAUUUUGUCUACUGAAGUUGGAGACAUUUUUUUUUUUUUGCUUUAAAUCAAUCAUAAUUUAAAGUCUGUGCAGUGUUGCUGGUAAGUGAUAAGAAUUACCUUCUAACUUCGUAUUUGCACUAUAUGUUUACAAUAUAAAUUGCAUUCUUCUCAGUAAUCUAUCAGAAUAGCAGUCACUCACAAUAUUACAUAAAAAAUACAGCCAUUUUGAAAAAUAUGUUUGAUAACUUCAUGUAGUGUUAAAUCAUUCUUUAAAGAGAUAUCCAAAACUUAGAGAGACAAUAGGGAAUAUUAAAUUUUCUCUCAUUAACAGUUUUUUCUCUUUAAUGUGUAAUUAGGAGAAAAUUUAAUUACAAAAUAAUUGUAUACUUAUAUUAUAUGAAAGAGGAAUAGAGAGUGUUCUAAAUCUUGCCAAAUCCUUUUCCUAAAAGUUGGUUAGCUUUUAAAUAUACCAUUAUGUUUGUACUGAUAAUGUAACUGAUAUUCAUACAAGUAUAAUUAUAUACAUAAAUCAGUUUUUAGAUGCAGGUUCUAUAUCAGAAAUACAGUAUUCUGUAUUUAAAAUGUUUUCAUUGUAUCAGCUAUUAACAUUUUUGAACCAGAUAAGAAAUUUGAGCAAUGAAAUAAUUCCUGUAAGAAAAAAUCGGAGCAUCAGAAUGACACAUUUUAUAAAAUAACAGUGCGAUUAAUGUAAAUCUUUUUUUUUUUUUCCUGUAAGAGUUGAGAUGCAUUACUUCACUGUUUUUCCUCUACUGUCUGUCUACCACAGAAUAGAUUUUGGAGCCACCAAAAUGCACCUAAAGAAGAAAUAAAAAUUAAUAUUGUGUGGUUUUUAAUUCAUGAAUAAAUCCCAAACCCUUAUGAAA